UUUCGAUCUAUCCGCCAAUCUUCCCCUCCACAUUAACCCCCUUUAAACCUCUCUCUCUAUCUCUCUCUCUCUCUCUCUCUCUCUCUCACUCUCACAUCACCUUCUCAGCUACCUCGUCAGCUCUCUCUUUCUAUCUCUCUUUCUCUUUCUCCGUAUCUGAAAUCCAUCGUUUUCUUUGACAAUGCUCAAAUUGCUUACCUUCAAACCCUAGACUUCACCUUCCAUAUAUAAAUCAAUCUAUUUUUAUUAUAAUUUCUCUGUAUCAAAUUUCUUUGUUUUGUUCAAUUUGUAUCGCGAAUGGCGACCUCGGCGUUCAAAUCAACGACGAAGCGGACGCCGAUCGGAGCAUCCAAGUCUCCGGCCGAAGACUCGGAUUCAUCUAAUCGGAAGUCGUCUCACCGGCGCUCUCGGAGCCUGAGCUGCUUCUCGCGCGGGUUACCGGAACGGACGCCGGCGGUUGAAAAUUUAGAUGACAAUCCGGCUCCCAAAGGAAGGUUCGUGAACACGGUCAGAGGCUCGGGCUUCCCGGAGAUCAGCCUCGACGACCUCGCCAUCGAGCUCUUCGACGCCUCCGGCGACCGAGGCCGCUCGAUUGCGCGUGGUUCCGAAGCUACACCUACUUCCAGCGCGUCGCAGAGACGAGGGAGGUCGGUUUCGAGGCACGGCUCGAGAGUGGGUGGUGGUGGUGAUGUAAGGGGCAGUGCGAGUAAUAAUCCAGGUGGAGGAAGGGUAAUUUCGGAAAGUAAGGGGAAUUCGAGGCCAAGGCGAUCGGUUUCUGUUGCUCGGUAUCAGAUGAGCGAUUCCGAGAGUGAUCUAGACCACAGCCAGAAUCACAGCACUGCUAAGUCAAAGAACUUAAGUAGUGCAAACAACCAGACACCCUUGUCCCGCAAGUCAACAGAUUCAAAUUAUAGACAAGGAUUGAGAAGAUCUCUUAGCCAGAAAGAUUUUAAGUGCCAUGAUGGUUACUCUAGCCAGUCUUCGGUUGUAACUGAUGAUGAGGGGAGGGAUGCUUAUUCCAGCAAAAAUGGGGUUGAGAAGACUAUCCGAGCUGUGUAUUCAGAGAAGAAGGCAGAGCACCCUGUUGGUAAUGAUGUUAAAAGUGGAUUUUAUGAAGCAAUGCGGAAAGAACUUAGACAUGCUGUGGAAGAGAUUCGGACAGAACUUGAACUUGCAAAUGGGAAAACUAAACCCACUGUUUCAGCAGCUGGUGAUUUACGUUCUAACAGUAAAGAUGUACUUCAGGCAGUUUCUUCAAUCAGGAAGAAUUACUCUUCCAAAUUGGAACAGUCAGAAAAACGAAAACAAGAUUUAUUAGCUGAAAUAGUACUGGAGGAACAACAUAGUAGGGAGCUCUCUAAGAUUGUCAAAGAAUUGCUUCCUGAGCCAAACAACAUUGUUGGUGCAGACAAACCAUUACGAACCAGAAGGAGGAGUAAUGACAGAGGUAGGGUUUCUAAGCGACUGACUGAGGAGGCAGAAAGAUAUAUUGAGGACUUCAUUUCAAAUGUUGAAGACACAGAUAUAUCAUCGAUUGAUGGAGAAAGGAGUGAUACAAGUUCGAGUAUAGGCGGAAUAACAAAGACCGAAACUUUUCAGAAUCCAGCUAUGUCGACUCCUCUUCCUGUUGCAAUGGAUGGGGUUGUACUGCCUUGGUUGCAGUGGGAGACUAGUAAUGAUGCUACUCCUAUCGGAUGCAAGAAUAAGACUGAGCCCCCAGGGAUCCCGAGAAUUCUACCAUGGGAUAAUAGUGCUCAGGGAGUGAUCAGUGUGCAAGAGCAAAGUAAUCAAUCGUCUAGCAGCCGCGGAAGUUGGAGCCCUGGAAUAAUUGAUGCCCUGUCAAUUAACAUCAUGGAAGAUGCAGGAAGUAAAACUGGAGGAUCUGAUAGUUACGAGUGCCAAUCACGCCUCAGUGGAUCAACCGGUUCGUGCUUUGACAUGGAAGAGUAUCUCCAGCUUAAGAAGAAUGAUGAUUUGCUCUUAGAAAGGUUGAAGCAACAACAGAGAAUUAGUUCCGGUGGUCUCCUGCUAUGUAAUCGAAUGCUUUUUUAGCAUAAUUUGUUUCUCUCAGGAUGCUUUCACUCCGUUGUAAACCACAGUAAUAACUUUGUAUAGAAUUUUCAUUUUGCUUUA